GAAGUAUUUAAAGUCGUUUUUAUAAAUAUGACAUUCCAUAUGUUCACUGUUUUGUGCUCUGAAGGGUCUUCAGUGAAGGGAGCAUGUGACACGUCAGAGAAGGCCGCUCUAGAGCAGUUCUCCAGUGGUCUGACUGAAUUAGAAUUAGGCACAGAUGAGGUUUUCGUCAUCGCCACUGCACCCAUCUCAGCCCAUCUGCCCUUCUCUCCACAUACCCAACGAGAGCGUUUUCUGAGGCACAGUGACACGGGACCCAGCCGUCCCUUCGAUUGGCCGACUCCAGACCAAGCACUGCCUUCUAUGACAAAGAGCAGCCAGGCCGGAUCGACAAACAGCACGCGACCACGAGCAUGGAGUGUCCGAACCUUCCAGGAUCUCCUUCCUCCUCUUCCUCAACUCCAUAAGAAAUGGUGCAGCUGGAACUCUACCAGCCCAUUCACCAAGCUGGUGGACAGUGGACUCCCAAGCACAGCUACAGAUUCUGGAAGGGGAAAGGUCCUAUCUGAUGCUCCUCUUCACAGUCCUGCCGACAGCUGCCAGUCCGACUCCUUCACGAGUAACGCCUCUUACCCCCUGACUCAACCCGCCCAGCGCCAGCGACGCCUCAACUCCACCAGCAACCUCAGACGCUCACGGUUCAACGCUCCCUGCUUCGGCUUGCUCUCCGACACUUUCGAGUCCUCCAAAGCACAAGCCAAGGGACUUACGAUCCCAAACACGCUCUCAGAUACCAGCCAGCUGCAGGUCAAAGGUCAAAUAUCAAGCCUUGCGGAUGACCACGUCACUGUACCAGUGUUUGCCAUCUCAGAAGAGGAAGACCGACAACCUCUAGUCUCAGAAGAGCAUCCCGAGAAGCCUUCGCGGAUGAACGGACAGAUGUUUGAAGGCGCAACGAUGCCGCUGUUAUCAAAAAGCCAGGCUCCCAGCAUCCAACAGAGCUCUUUAGCGAGGGGAGGCCGUGGUGGCGUGUCGGGGACGCAGGAUCCUUCAGCUCUCUCUUGUUAACAGUGACUCCAGAAACAAAGUCUGCCAGUGCCAUGAAGUUUGCGUAUGAUGGUCAUGUGACCAUUUCAGCCAAUAAAUGAUCUCAACAGGACUGAAAACUCAGCUUAUGAGCUGCUGUUCAAAUAUGCCGUGAAGAUUCAAAUGGGUUUGUUAUGAAUAUUGGCAUGAAUGAAGAAAGAAAAAUGAAAGCACUAAUUGUUCUUUGUGUUCUUGAAUCUGCACAUUUAUUUGCUAAGUAUAAAACCACCAUCUAACAGUAUAUUUUAUUACCUGCAAAUGUAUGCAUUUGAUAAAUGUUUAACCAAGCUCACUUAAUGUUUCUACUCACUACUGAGCGUUUUGAGUUGUAAGGCUGCAUUGUUACUUUUAUUAUGUAAUUCCAUGUAUCUGCUCUAUGAACAAUACAGCUUGUUCUAAUCCCUUUGCAACCUGUAGAAGAUCAGUUAGCUGGUCUGGCAGAAAGCUGCUUGGCUUCCACGUUUUUUUGUUUUUUUUGUAAUUCACUAUGGGUCCAAUUCACAUUUUGUACUGUUAAAAAAGUUAGUAAAUCAUAUAUGAAUGGAAAUGGGACAUAUUGUUAUUUCUCAAGGGACAUAACCACUGAAAAUGUCAUUUUGACUGAGUAAUUUUAAUCAAGUUACUGUUUUUCCACCUAUAUCACUUACUAUGUGCCUUGUGGCCAUCAUCUAUGCUGCUAAAUAUGCACUGAUGCAAUACCUGAAAUUGUGUAUACAGUCAUAUUUUUGUAACGUUUGCAAUUUCAUAACCGUUUUCUUUAUAUGAUAUGUUAUCCUGAAUGCAGUAAUAUUGUCAACUGUACUGAUUUUGAUGGAUUAUAAAGGGAACUGAUCACCGUACAGACAUUUAAAAUGCAGUAACUAACAUUUAAUGCAAAUAAAACAUUGUAUAGUGAUG